CAUUUCGAAUCUAUGACUGGUAAUAUUUCGUGUUUGUUUUAAAAUUCCAAAACCAUCUGGCAUUAGUGAGAGAAAAAUGCAGUUGCCAGAUCUUCAGCAGUAAAAGUCACAAAUAUCUUACUAGUAAUCACUGUCAUGAUUGGAGACUUUUCAGUCAUUACUCAAUGUGUAGGGUUUUUUUUCAGCAAUGAAAAAGAAUAGUUUUGAUUUUAAAAUAUUUUAUCUUGAUGUUUGUUCUCAAAGAAGGUCAACAAAAUUAACAAAAUAGCAUACCAACAACAUAUCAAGCAAAGAAAAACCAUAGUAAUUAUGUAUACAAAAAGAACUAUUUAAAUUUUAAUUGAUUUAAUACACACCUUGAAGUCCUGCUUAAAAAGACACCUUCCUACUGCUUACUGAAAUAUUAUCUUUCAUCUGAAGACAUUUGAUUUUUUUUAAAAGAGAAAAUUUACAACUGCCAAAAAUGUGUGUAUAAUGUCUUUACAGAGCUGUCCUUAGGUAUUUCACCUUUUAGCAGCUAUGGUCUAGGUGAAACUACAGCAAAUGCCAAACAUUUUCUGCAACUUUGUCAUUUAAUUUGGUCCGGGUAUACUCUCACUCUGUGCAAUAAUUAUAUUUAUUGACUGUUAUGUUUAAAUAUAUUGUUUUUUUCUAAUUGGAUUUUUUAUUAUAAUUAGUAUGUUAUCAUCAUUUUAUACUUUUUGAUAUUAAGUGAAGUAGUUGUGACAUUGAAUGUUUGCCAUUUUAUAUGUACAUUAACCACCCUGAAUCCCUCUGGGGAGAGAGGGCAGUCUAGAAAUAAAGUUUAUCAUUAUUAUUAUUUAUUUAUAUGGAGCUAAAGCAAGUUAAUCCCAAACUUGGUUUGCCCAGUGGUAAACACUAGACUUGAAAGAAUGUCAUAGGGACAAUCAAGAGCAAAUGUAUGGUGCAGACUAUUAAGCCUGUGUAAACACAAGCUCUCUGUGUCUAAAACAACCAAAAAGCAGGAAAAAAGAGAUAUUGGUGUAGAGCAGCAGAUGACAACUUGUUCUCUUAUGACCACAGCCUAAUUUUAAAAUUCUUUAUAUGGACUCUAGCCCUUUCCUUAACAAUUUGAUUUUAAAAAUGUGUUGAUCAGAUAUUUUAAAUCCAGCCACAAUGAACACUUUUCUCACUGUAGUCAGGGCUGGGUGACAUCAGAAGAAUAGCUUUCUCCCCAACACUUUAUCCAGGCUUGCACCCACAAACUCAAAAUUGUUGCUACAAAGUUUAAAUGUCUUUGUUAGGCAAUGUGGUGUAUAGGAAGCACACACUGUCUUUCCCCAAAGAAUCAUUCAUCUAGGCUAGGCUAUUUUUCAAUAAAAGUGUAAAUGUAUUUUCCUAUAUUUCUAUAACACCUAAGAGUCAAAGCCUGCGAGCAUUUUGCAAGAUAAGUAUCAAACUCAUAACGUACAAGAUGGUAAUUAACAUUAUAUAUUGGUUCUAAACAGUGAUACUAACUACAGAAUAAAACCACUGUAACAGUAAAUAUCAAUGUGUAGACCAAAAAAGCAGAAAAUAUUUUUAGAAAUUGAAGUCUAAGAAAAUAAAAACUUUUCAUCUGGUAGCAAAAUGAUCACAAUAUAAGCAAACCUCUACAGCAGAGAAAACCCACUUGAAAAAAUGAUUUCUUUAAAAAUCACCCUUUGGCAGGACCACCUAGAGAACAAUUCACAAACUGAGCAUUGGGCCCAGGUAGGUAUGCAUAGAUGAAAGUCUGUGUUUGGAUUACCUAGUCACAAAACUGGGCUAAUAAAUGUUGCUGAUUGAGGCAAAUAACAAAGUUGUUUAUUGAGCUAUUCAAUUUAUAAGUUGCAGUCUAGACUGGAGUUUAAUCUGACAUCAGCACCGGUCACAAGACAUCUUCUGCUGCAAAUAUGCAGAUGUAGGGAUGCAUCUACAAUGUAGAAUUAAUGCCAUUUGACAUCACUUUAACUCUCAUCGUUCAAUACAAAUUGAUGAUGUAGUUUUGCAAGGUCUUUAACCAUCUCUGUCAAAGAGUGCUGGUUCUCCACCAAACUAAAAAUCUCAUAAUUCCAUACCUUUGAGCCAUGUUAGUUAAAGAAUUGUUGUCCAACUGCAUUAAUUUUACUAUGUAGAUGCGCCCAAUGUGGUCUUUGAAUGGGGUCAAAGAACAUAAUAGAAGCUAGUGCUGUUGAUAAAAGACUGAUUUAUUUUUGUAUCAAAUAGUUGCAGUCAAGAAUCUUUACUAUUUGUGAGAAACCAUUUUCUGAAUACACCACGAAAAUGCAGCCAAGAAAAUAUCAAGUGUGGAUAACUGUAGCUCAGCUGUCUCUUUGUAGAUAUGGAAUUAAUUUUAAAUACAACAGAUGCAGAGAAUAAAAAAGAAAGCAGCUGCAUGUAACACAAUUAAAAUGUAAAUAUAGGUAUUUUUACAUGGCCUCAUAAAUGGCCAAUGUAACAAUAUUACAUUAUUGAAAAUUCACUUUUAUGACAACAAUAUCUCACAGAUUCCUGGUAACAUUCAAUUUUUUUAAAAAACAACAACAACAAUAUUUUCAAGGAAAAAGGUAGAGAUGUAAAUAUAACAAAUUCUGGACUGGAAUCAAAAUAAUAAUAAUAGUAAUAAUAAUAAUAAUAAUAAUAAUAAUAAUAAUAAUAAUAAUAAUAAUUUUAUUCUUAUAUCCCACCCCAUCUCCCCGGAGGGACUCAGGGCGGCUUACAUGGGGCCAUGCCCAGACACGACAGCACAAAUCAGAUAAAACAUUAAACCGAGCAGUAAAACUUCAACAUGAUUUAAAACAGUAAUAAAAGUCAAUAUACACAAUAAUAUUAAAAUCCCGAUUUGGGUCAAAAGAUCCAGGCCAAGGUGCAAAGCAAUAUCAAGUUAUCAGGGAGGGAUAAUUAUACAGCAGGUGUAAUACUUAAGGUGCUGAAUGAAUCCUAAAAACAAUCCAGAGGGUCUACUGCUUAAUAGGUAAAUAACAUGAUCCCACAAGGAUCAGUCAACGAAGGCCUUCUGGAAUAGCCAAGUUUUCAGGCUCUUCCUGAAAGAAAGUAGGGUAGGGGCCUGCCUAAUCUCCCUGGGGAGCGAGUUCCACAGCCGGGGGGCCACGGCGGAGAAGGCCCUCUCCCUCGUCCCCACCAACCGCAACUGCGAAGUUGGUGGAAGCGAGAGGAGAGCCUCCCCCGACGAGCGAAGAGGUCGUGCGGGUUCAUAGGGGGAAAUGCGGUCUAGAAGGUAGGUGGGUCCCAAACCGUUAAGGGCUUUGUAGGUGAUAACCUGCACCUUGAAUUGGGCUCGGAAAAUAAAUGGCAGCCAGUGGAGCUCUUUAAACAGCGGCGUUGAGCGCGUCCUGUAAUCUGCCCUAGUUAGAAACCUGGCUGCUGAUCAUUGUACUAGUUGUAGUUUCCGGGCCAUCUUCAAAGGCAGCCCCACGUAGAGCGCAUCGCAGUAAUCCAGUCUAGAGGUAACUAAGGCAUGGACCACCAUGGUCAGAUCUGACUUCUCGAGGUAUGGUCGCAGCUGGCGCACAAGUUUUAGUUGUGCAAAGGCCCUCCCAGCCACGGCCGACACCUGGGCCUCAAGUGUCAGCGCAGAGUCCAGGAGGACCCCCAAGCUGCGGACCUGCGCCUUCAGGGGGAGUGCGACCCCGUCAAGCACAGGUUGCCACCCAAUACCCCGAUCAGACGUACGACUGACCUGGAGGACCUCUGUCUUGUCAGGAUUGAGCUUCAGCUUGUUCGCCCUCAUCCAGGCCAAUACAGCGGCCAGACACUGGUCCAGUAUCCGAGGGGCUUCCUUGGAAUUAGGAAUCAAAACUCCAGUAGAGAACCAAAAAGGGUGUGAAGCAUUUUUUCUACUUGUUCCUGGUAAAAGAUAGCAAACAUUUUCCCCAGUUAUUCAAAUACAAGGCAGCUGUCUUGCCACAUAGGAUCACAUCUAACAUCAACCUAGAUUCAUAAAUAUUAUUCUGACAUACCAAGGUAAAAUAUACUUUUAAGAGCAGUGCUGGAUUGAAGACUGCCCAAACAUCUCACUCUUUAGGGGGAGGGCAAUCUCCUUGGAACCAACAUGAAUACCUCUUAACAAAGCUGAGAAAUUCCUCAUUAACAGCAACACAGUCCCACCUGGACUAGCAUCCUAUCAGUUUAUUGACCCUUGUACAGUCCGUUACCUAUCACCUCACUUGGAUGAGGAAAAGGAAGAGGACAAAUAUUAAUGACAUUUCAGUCCACAUCUGAACCUGCUUCUGAAUAAUAUCUCUUAGGUGUUUCAUAAUGAACAUAUCAACAGAGGAAAUGUGUUUUUUUGCUGCCCCAUUAAUGGAUUUAAGAGGCAAUAGUCUAGAUUUCAAAUGAUUAUUAAGAGAAACAUCAAUUAAAAGAGCACUUCAUUGAUAAAACUAUUAUAAUGGAGAAAAGUGAGCUCUCCCUUUUUGGAGUUUCUGAAGGAAGGAUUGUAGAGUUAUUAAGGAUGACACCGAAACCCAGUCCAAGCUGGAACCCUGAGAUGACAAGGGAAUUUAGGAGAAAAGUUCCAUGUUAUGUGUCCUCCCUUGUCACCCUGAGGUGCUGUGCACAAUAGUCUGGUUUCCUGAGCUGGGUCCGGAAACAACCACCACCACACACUCCCUGAGUCCCCACUUGGGACCCCCACUUAUUUUCCUCAUGCCUCCAAGCAUGUCAGUUCAAAUUUCCAGAACCAGACCCAUGCCAACUACUCCAUAAAUUCUGAAAAAUAGCGCAAAAGGAAAUCUCCUUCAGAUCAAUUUGCCAGCCUCUGUGGUGAAUUGGGAGGCAGCAGGGCAAUCCCAGCAUCCUACGCCCCACCUUGCUGGCAGCUGAUGCUUCCCCACCACACGUGGGGAAGUGUCACCAUGCAGCUUCCCCCUGUAGUACCCUGUUGUUUCAGAUGGAACACAGGGAUGCUCCCGUGUUGGCAGCUCGCUUCCUAGGACGCUUCUGCUUCAGUUGAGCCACGGAGCCCCACCAGAAGUGAGGCUGCAUUGUGUGAUGGGUGGUAUGGGGCUCCGUGGCUCAACUGGGGCAGAAGUGUCCUAGGGUGCUCAAAUUUCCAUGUGUGAUGAGGUUGUAGGACUCCUGCUAUAUAGGUUGAAUGAGAUGAUGCUCAGAAGCCGAAUGCCUGGUAUAGCACUCAGCUAGAGUGGAAAUAAUCCAAAGGCUGGCUGGAGCAAAACUCUGCUGGGAGUGAUUUUUCUCAUAUCUGCCUUCCUGCAGCCAAUGAAAGGAAAUCAACUCUCAUGGUUUGUUCCCAUUGGCUGCUGCCAAUUGUUUAUCCGCCAUCCACCAAUACCUUGCUUUCUUAAGCUGAGCAGCCUCCUGGCCAUUCACAUGGCUGGCCCAAACUCUGUUUCCCAUUUGUGCCCCAAAUGCCCUGCCCAUUAAGUUAUACAGACUCCUCCCCAAUGAUCCCUGCAAUCUCAUUUUCACUUUCAAGGUGUUGCUAGAAAGUAAGCAGCAAUUUACCAAGUUGUAUAUGGGAGCUUUUCCGGACAUGCUUUGAAACAAAAGACCUUGGUAUCCUUUAAUAUUAAUUUCCUCUACAUAUGCAUUAUAGCUAUGUAUUUUACAUCUCAUUCUAAACAGGUUUUUCAUCUUGAAACAUAAACUUUCUAGUAGUUUUUAGUAAAUGAUGCUAGCCCAAAACUGAUCCAACUUGGGAGGUCAUGCACACAAACACAGUUUGUUUCCUGUUACUGAUGUACAAAUAGGGGAAGUUUUAGCUAAAAAUCUGAGUGAAGAAAUUAGAAUUAAAACAAAGUAAAUGAAACAACUAGCAGGAGUCUAGUUCAGUUUGUUAUGUCACUCACUGAUUUCUUUAUGUUCAACCCUGUUCUUUUUUUAUUUUUAUAAACUAUUUGUCAAAGGGAAUCACAAUAGUCUGGUUACUUUAGCUUGUGCAUUUUUUCUAGCUAGUUAAAUUGCUGUUGAGUGCCUUUCAAGCCAUUUCUACCGAAUCAUACCUCCAAACCGGCAUGUAGCCAGGGGGGAGGGCUUGAGGGGCUUCACCCCCGCCCCAAAUUCUCAAGGUGGUCGGCGAGAAGGUCUUACUGGUAUUAUUUAAACUGUUAUGUUUAUUCAUAUCAUGAUCUGAUCACCAUGCUCAAUAUAUCCCAUAUGCAUGGGGGUAUUGGGAUAACGAUACAAAAGGUUUGCUCGGGUAGACCCUCUCCCGCUCAGACUCAGCCCCCACCCCCCCAAAAAAACUAAAAUCACAGCCCCUCCCAAAACUAAAUCCUGGCUACAGGCCUGCCCCGAAAUAUUGAGUAACAAAAAUCUAUGUAAGAAAAAUCUGUAAGUAGCCAGAGUGGUGUUUCUUUGUAUGCUGCCAUGCCACUUUGCUGUAUCUUCAUUGAUGUAGAAAUUUAUAUGAGAGAAGGUUAUAUCGCGAUUCCUUGAACUUAAGUGCUUUAGUUGGAAGUAAUUUUUGGCAACAAGCCAACAAUAUCUGAAUGUAGAGAAGUACUUUUUUUUUUGCUUUGGUUAAAUAAUGCAAAUGACAUUCACACAUAGAUACAAACAGCCAGGAUAUCCUUGAUUGCAGCCUUUAAAAAGCAAGGCUGCAAUCUAAGCACACAUCUACACUGUAGAAUUAGUACAGUUUGACAUCACUUUAACUGAUUUGGCUCAAUGAUAUGGAAUCAUGGGAGUUGUCAUUUUACAAGGUCUUCAGCCUUCCCUACCAUACGGUACCCAUGUUUCCCCAAAUUCCAAAUCCCAAGAUUCCAUUGCAUUGAGCCACCCAGUUAAAGUAGUGUCAAACUGCAUUAAUUCUACAGAUUUGGUGCACCAUAAAUCAAUAAUUCUCAGUUUCUCUUUUCCCCACCACUCUUUGAUUUGUCCCAAACUUUAAGACAUUUUUACCUAAUGAGUUCUUAACAUGUUAUUUGCAAUAGCCUACACACUCCCCCCCCCCCAAUACAAAUUAAUGUAUGGAAUUUGGGGUGGAGGAUUCUGUUACAAUAUUGGACAAGGACAUAUUUCAAAGAAUGACUGGAUUAUUGUCUAGAACUGCAUUGUUAAAGUCACAUGUGAAGAUGAAUUGUCAGUUGAAAAUCUUUAAGACUACGGGAGCUUCUACAUUGACACUAUAAUAGAGCUUGGAACCAGACAAAAAGAAACCAGUUCGGCUGUGGGGCAGGUCUAAUUACCCCAAAGAUUACGAACCAACACACAUCCCAUUUCUGCAUAGGUCAAAUAAAACAUUCUCACUUUGAACCCACUGCAAGCAUUCCAGAUUGUGUAUGGCCAGUUCUGCAGAAGAAGCAUUGUUUCUAUCUUCAUCGCAAGAAGAACCACGUGUGACUCCAAAGCUCCCAAGUAAUCCCCUGUGUUUUUUAUAUGUGGAGAGCUGAUUCAGGCUGGGUCCAGGGCAAUUCAGCCUCCAUACAUCAAAUAGAGACAGUGCUGAAACAGCUUAGAGAGCCUUGUUGGUCACAUGGCUAGGCACCCUGUUGUGACCUCCCCAGUAGCGAUGUCACCAGCAAGGCUUUCUCAGGGGGUUGCUUCUAGCUGAUGAAACAGUGGUGGCAACUGUAGUAGUCCCUCAUAGUCCCUAGGACAGAGCUUUCCAAACUGUAUGUCAAGACACACUAGUGUGUAGGCUAUAUUCCCUAGGUGUUUUGUGUAAAAGAUACCCCCUCCUCCCACAAACAAAGGCUGAUGCUGUUGAAGUAUAGAUACUGUUGUAAACUUUAUAAGUUGAACAAUUUGUUGAUUGGGAUGCAGUAUUUGCUACUAAAAUGGAUACAUUUAUAAUUAAGAAAAGAAAAUCCAUUUACAAUGAUGUUUGUGAUGAACCAAUGGAGCAGCUAUAAAAGUAUAGGAGAAACAGCACAAGAAUCAACUGUAGUCCAUAAGUAUAAAGGAAAAAUUCUAAACCUCAUUUAUACAGUAAGGAUUAUAUGAAAAUUAUAUAUAUUGUACUAUAUACACACACCCAGGGUAUGUAUGUAUGUAUAGAUGGAUAGAUAGUAUUAAACCAGAAACCGGGUCUCCCCAAACUAAGGUCUGUAGGCCGGUUGUGGCCCUCCAAAGUCAUUUACUUGCCCCCUCCCCUGAAAUGACUUGAAGGCACACAACAACAACCAUUCUAAUUAACUUGACUGUCUCAUCAGCAAUAAGCAGCCCCAUACUUCCCACUGAAAUAUUGGUAAGUUUAUGCUGGUUACAUUGUUCUUCAUUUUAAAUGUUGGACUGUUCUGUUUUUUGUUUGUUUGUUGCAGUAGAAAUAAGAUAUAUGCCGUGUACAUAGGGAUUAGUUCAUUUUUUUCAAACUAUAGUCUGUCCCAAUAGUUUGAGAGAACUCCCAACAGUUUGAGACAACAUUAAUCGGUCCUCUGCCUAAAAGGUUUGAGGACCCAUGUAAUUAAACUUUUAUAAGGGGUUGGUUUUGCCACCUCCAGUUUACCAAUAAAACUGAAUUACCAUAUCACAAAAGGAUGCAUGUCUAAAAAGCAUGUCACCAACAUGUAAAGUUUGGGAAGCUCUGCCCUGGGGGACAGGGCACUGAUGCCGAUUGCUGCCCGUUCAACCAACCAUCUGGACUUCAAAACGGCUUUGGAGCACUUCCUCACUGAUACAUGUGGACCUCCAAUGGUAUAUCUGAAUCAUCUCCAGCCGGGGCACAUUACCAGUAUUUCAUAUGGCAUUGACAAAGCAAUAAUUUGCUAAGCAAAUGGGAGCUUGGAAACAGAAAUGACCAUUAUCUGUAGUGUGGAAAGUCACUUUGAAGUAUAAUGAAAAUAAUGAUAUAAUGAUACACUGGUGGUUAUCCAUAACUGAGUAAUGACAUGAUCUUUGAUCUGAAAGAUUUCAGCAUAUCAUUUUAGCCAUUCUUAUUACAAGUAAUUGUAUAGGUGCUGCACUAGCUACUCCAGCUGAUGACAAGGAAUAAUGAGAAUUGCAAUCUCACAUCUGAAGGAACACAGAUUCCUUAUCACCACUCCGGUGCCUUCAUUUCUACACUGAAUAUACACUCUGAUGUGGUUAUAAUAGGCUCUCAUAUUUUCAUAGUGUGACUUAAUGAUCAAUUUAUUUUAUAUAAACAUUAGUAAAUUGGAAAGAGCUCAGAAUAUAUGUAACAAAAUCUGUUCUUCCACUAUGAAGAAAGCCCUAGAUGUUACCUUCUUGCUUUUGUUGUCAUGCCAACAACAAUGUAUUCAAAACAAUUAUGUGCCUUUGUAAUACUAAAUAUUAGCCUUGUAUAACACCUAGGCAUUUUAAUUUCAGCUAAAAAAUGAGAAUGUUAAUAUCUGCACUAUUUAAGCUUAAUUUAAUACUGACAUUUUACAUUAGCUCAAACAAUUAUAAUCAAAAUAACAUCUGAUGCUUGUAUUAUCGUUUCUCUCUUUCUCAUACUGAGUGCAAAUAACUGAUAUUGGUCUUUUGAUUUGACAUGGGGGAAAUUUUCUGUGUAGUUUCUUACAAAGCAUUGAUCUUAUUCUCAUCUUCACUGGAAACUGCUGCACAUCGUGGCAAUAGUAAAUGAACUUCUGCAAUUAAGUUAAUGGCAAAGUUUUAAAACAAGUCACUUAAAUUAAUGUGCAUAUAUAUGUCGUCAGGUCAUCUGCCGACUUAUGGAAAACCCAUGAAUUCCACAGGGUUUUCUUAGGCAAGGAAUAUUCAAAGGUGGUUUUGCCAGUCCCUCCCCUGAAAUAUAGCCUACAGCCCCUUGUAUUCCUUGGUGGUAUCUCAUCCAAACACUAACCAGAGUUGACCUUGCAUAACUUCCAAGAUCAGAUGGUAUGUGGUACCAUCAGGGUAUUUGGAAUAUACAGAAUUUGGGACUUCACAUUGAAUUAGAACAAUGGGAAAGGUUGUAUAAAAAAGACUGACAUUCAUACUUUGUAGUGAUCCAAAGAAGAACAUAUAUAAAAUUAUAUUUAGGUAGCAUCUAAUGCUAGCAAAAUGUGCAAAAAUAAACAAAGGCUGUAAAAACAAAUGCUAGAAAUGCAAAAAGGAAAAAAGAAAAAAGAAGGCACAUUAUUUCAUCUAUGGUGGAUCUGCAAUAAAGCAAGAGAGAAAGAGAGAAACAGAUUCAUCACAAUUUUUUAAAUACUCAAUUUUGAAAUCCCAGUUAAACCAGAAAUCUUCUUAUAAGGAUUGUUCAAUGCUCAGAUAAAAUAUCAUGGGAAAUGUUAAUGUAAAUGGUCACAUUAGUAAGAAUACUUUAUGCACAGCCAUAGAAAAGUGUAAAGAUCUCCUUGGUUUAUUUAUUUAUCAUGGCAGAAGCAAAUUGAGAAUACAGUUAUAAUGUAUUAGAAAACCACAAACAAAGUUAAAAACUUGGCAUUAUAGCAAAUUUCGUUUGACCAGAAGCUGGUCACUUGGAGUGCCUCUGGUCUUGCUGUAAGAAAGUCCUCCAUUGUGCAUGUGGCAGGACUCAGGCUGCAUUGUAGUAAGUAGUCUGUGGUUUGCUCGUCUCCACACUCACAUGUUGUGGACUCCACUUUGUAGUCUCAUUUCUGAAGAUUGGCUCUGCAUCUCAUGGUGUCAGAGCACAGUCUGUUCAGCGCCUUCCAAGUUGCACAGUCUUCUGUGUGCCCAGGAGGGAGUCUCUCAUCUGGUAUCAGCCAUGGAUUGAGGCUCCGGAUUUUAGCCUGCCACUUUUGGACUUUUGCUUGCUGAGAUAUUCCAUCAAGUAUCUCUGUAGACCUUAGAAAGCAAUGUCUUGAUUUAAGGUGUGGUUGAUAUCUGAACAGAGGAUGGGCCAGAGAUGUCACUUCCUUGGUUCUUUCAUUAUUGGCUGCUACUUAAUAAUAAUAAUAAUACUUUAUUUUUGUAUCCCACCACCAUCUCCCUGAAGGGACUCAGGGCGGCUAACAUGGGGUCAAGCCCAGAAGACAAAGUGCAAAUAAGUUAAAAUAUAAAACAAAACAAGAAAAUAACAAAACAGUAUAAACAAUAUUCAAGCAACAAUUAUACGGAUAAAACAAGAUAAAAAGUAUAAAAACAAUUCCAGUUUCACCACCAAAGGGAUAAAAUGGAGGGUCAGAACCAAGUGUGUAGUAGCCAGAUUAUUUGGUAAAGUGCCUGGACUAGUGUCCCAAGGUUUCCUAAAGUUAAUGUUAGAGGUAGGAUGGGGUGGGACAGGAGAUAAAGUGUAACAUAACAGCAUGGUUCCCAACGAAUGCCAGGUGGUGCAAUACCGACUAAAGAGUAUAAUUUCUCCAGCAGUGUUGGGCGUAGUCAUCCUGUGAUAAUGCAGCUUGUCUCAACCGCUGUUUUAACGUAGUGAGAUGUAUUCCAUACUGAGCAUGCGUAUUCAGCAGCAGAGUAGCAAAGUGCAAGGGCAGAUGGCUUCACUGUAUUUGGUUGUGAUCCCCAGGCUGUGCCAGUCUCUUUGGUGAACAACUGGAAACAAAAAUUAUUCAAAAUAGCAGAAAUAAGUAGAUUUACUAUAUUAACAAUAAACCAAUAGGCAACUUUCAGGAAGACUGGUACAUAUUUCUUGUAUAUUUGACAGAGAAUGUAAUGCCGUUUUGGGCUUUGAAAAUUAACUCUUGCUCAGAAUUAUGGUGUUGAAGGUUUUAAAAUGUAUAAAAAUAAUGGUAGUUAAUAUAUCAUCAAAACAUGCAUUGCUAGUAGAAAAGUGGGAAGUUCUCUCUUUUUUUGCAUAAGUACUUGCAUUUGUUUGCUGUUUGUGUUUUAUUACUUUUGUUUUUAAAAUAUAUGUAUUUAUUUUAUUUUUGCUUUCAUAGUUGUGUUACUACUUUGUUGAAAUAAAAUGUAAUAAAUAGGAUAAAAAGAAAUUCAAAUCCAUGCAUCAUGGCUUUUGGAAACAUUUUUUUUUAAAUACGAUAUUUUUCUUAGAAUUGCAAUAGCAACAUAAUUGCUCAAAAACUACUAGAUAACUGCAAAAACAAGCAACAGCAGCAAAAAGCAAAAGGGUAAAGUGCAGCAACUUCCUAUUUUUUGCCAGGCACAACAGUGAUUCAUUAGACAGUACACUAAAAGGCAUAAAACACGUUUCCCAUUAUUACCAAAGAGGCAGUUAAUGGUGGCUAAAAUCUUUCUUUGUUAACUGUUCCACUUCAGAUGCCACUUGUCUCAUUCUAGGUUUGGUGAAAUGUGCAUUACAUAAAUUUGUUUGAAUAAGGUUGUUAGUGCAUUAAAAUGAAUUGAAAUGAAGAAGUUGAGAAUUCAUAACCAAAGUAGCAUCUUGAAGCUUUAAUGGCAAUAGGAACAAUCAUAACCACCAUUAAUGUGCAUAGUACUUUACCAAAUUAACAAAAAAUAAGCUCUGACACCAGCACCCCACAUGUCAGGGCAUUUGUUGGAGAUGUUGCUUGUCCCCUAAACAAAAUGAAGUUCCUGCUGAACAUUUAGCUGCCUAUCCACCCCAUAAAUGGUACUGCUGCUGCUUAUAAACGGGCUCAUCCAAUAUUGCCAUAAUGGACAGGGACCAUUAGUCAUGUGCACGAAAUUUGAUUCUACUGUUGAUCCUGUUUCUUUCAUGUCUUCCAUUUCUUCGGAGGCAUGAAACAGGAAGUCCCUUCCCCACACAGAAAUCUGCUCGACACAAAAGCCUGCUUUCAUGUCGAGCUGAAAUUGCCUCCUUGCCUGCAUGUAGGCAAGGAGGCAAUUUCAGUUCGACAUGAAAGCAGGCUUGGAGCUAGGCUGCAGGUAUGCUCUGGUCCUGCCCACAGGCCCCACCACACACGCACACUCUCAAAGGAGCAACAGCAGAUGCUAAGUGCCAGAAAGGGGAGGCAGUGGAUGGGAACCCUCCCCCCCCCCGGUCAUAAUUGUCCAAAUUUUGGGAUCCUGAUCUGAACCCCCUCCCAUUUCGGAAGGCUCUCAAAAAUGGAUCGGGGCUCCUAACGAAAGCCGGGAACAAAAAUGGGGCAAGGUUUACUCCGAAAGCACAAGAUUAAUAAUUGCUUUGCUCUAAUUGCAAUGUACGGUAGUUUCUAAUUGAACUUAAGUAGUUCUUGUUCCUUUCUAUCAUUACUGAAUAAGUUCAGUCAGGGUAUAUGUUGGACAAGCCUGCCCACUUUUGAGGUGAAAGCUGGUACCUGUUGCACCAUCAUUACUGGCAGUCAAAUGCAUUGGGGGAGCACUCAGCAUUGCAGGGGGGCAGAAUAGGCCAGCAGCCUGAACAUAUUCUAUAACAUAUUCUGGAUAUGGAACAGAGACAGCUUUGGUCACUUGGUGGAUGACCUACGAAGAGAGCUAGGCAGGGGGAGUGUGUUCUUGUUGGUUCUUCUGGAUCUUUCAACAGCUUUUGAUACCAUUGACCACGCUAUCCAUUUGGGUCAUCUCACCAGGAUGGGACUGGGAGACACUGUCUUUCAGUGGCUCCGAUCUUUCCUGGGGGGCCAUACCCAGAAGAUGGUGCUGGGGGACUCCUGUUUGAACUGCUGGCCAUUGACCUGUGGGGUUCCUCAGAGUUCCAUUUUGUCCCCCAUGCUGUUUAACAUAUGCAUGAAACCACUGGGAGAGGUCAUCCGGAGUUUUGGAGCCAGGUUGCUAACCAGGACUGGCUGUCAAUCUGGGUACAAUUCAAAGUGCUGGUUAUGACCUUUAAAUCCCUAGACCAGUGGUUCUGAACUUGUGGGUCCCCAGAUGUUUUGGCUUUCAGAAAUACUAACAGCUAGUAAACUGGCUGUGAUUUCUGGGAGUUGUAGGCCAGAACACCUGGGAACCCACAGGUUGAGAACCACUGCACUAGCUGGUCCAGGUCCAGGCUAUUUGGCUGACCACAUCCCUUGUACCAGCCCGAGCUCUGAAGAUCUCACUUCAGGAGAGCCCCUUCUCUCGGUUCCAUCUCCAUCUCAAGCUCAGUUGUUGGGAACAAGAGAGCAGGCCUUCCUUCUCAGUGGCUGCCCCUCAACUCUGCCCAGGGAAGCCAGAAUGGUCCCCUCUCUGAUGCCCUUCUGGUGGAAAAGCUAAAACCUUCUUAUUCAGACUUUUGAAGAUGAAGGUGUUUAAGCUCAAUUGUUGGGGGGUGUGUGUGUGCUGUGGUUUUAAACUUUGAAUUUGUUUUAAUGGUUUUUAACUGGGAAUUUUUAAUACUGUUUAUAUUUAAUCCUGUUUUAAUGUGCGUAUAUUUGUAUAUUUUAAAUGGUUAUGCUCAUAUUUUUACAUUAAGUCACUUUGAGUCCCCUUUUGGGGGAGAGAUAAAGCAGGAUAAAAUAAAAAUAAUGGUAUUAGUAGUAGUAGUAGUAGUAGUAGUAAUAAUAAUAAGUCUGCAGCACACCUGACAACAAACUCAAAGGCACUUACACAGUCCAGAAUUCAAAAUGCAUGAGGAUCAAGUAUUUUCAAGUAAUUAAGUUAAACUCCCGUAUUGAAGGAUAGUUUGUGUCAAGGAGUGGUGGAAAAAUUGGUAUGCUGGUGUAUGUUGCCAAAACAUGAUGUAUCUAUUAUCUAGAAAUUAAUACAAUGUGGUUUUUCCCUCCUUGGGGGGGGGGGGGAAUUUUAAUUACAUUUCUUUAAUUAACCAAGAUGUAUUUACUUGUCCUAUAUGUCUUAGCACAUUUGACUCUAAAUAUAAACUUUAUUUUAUAUCUAGAGGAAUGGGUGCUCCUUAGUUUCACCAUGAGAAUAAUUUAACAUAGAUUCUGCAUUUGUCACACUGAUCAACAUCUCAGUCAAACUCCCAGAUUUUGAAAGGAGAGGAGAUGGCAGAAUCUUGGGGGAGUUGUAGCCCAGCAGCAUGGUGUGUGUGUGUGUUCCCAUUCCUAAUUUAAAGGGGGUGAUUGCUUGUUGGAGUCCACCCUUUGAGUGUUAGUGAGCUCUGACAUCUGAGUGGUUGUAUGAAGGUUUACUUUGCAAGAAGAAGAAAAAGAUAAGAAACAGAUUCUCAGAUAUUUCUUAGCUCUUCCUUUCCUAUCACCAAGCAAUACUGCCAUCCUGUGGACCCUAGCUAAAACUGAACUAUCUUAUUAAAAACUGAAAAAUAUGUGUAAUUUGUGAUACAUAUUCUAUUUCAGGAUCACUCACCAAGUCCGGAAGGAAGGAAGGAAAGAGGGAGGAAGGGAGGGAGGGAGGGAAGAAUAUGGACUUCAUAAUAUACUCAUGGUAACAAGUGUCUCUUUUCUAUCCUGGAUGUUCAAAUAGCAGCAUGUCUUAUAUUCCCGAUUCUCUCUGUAGAGUCUUCUGACAGUGCAAUCUGAUGCAUAUCUACUAAAAAAUAAAUUCUGUAUGUACUCACUGAGCCAUACAGGCAAUUAAAUACAAAAAAGUAACAACCUAAAUGGUACUUGGAAAGUAAUUUCUAAGGCAAGAGUGAAGAAAGUGUGACCUACAGCUUCAACUCAUUUUUGAUGGGUUUUUGUUCUACCUAAGCUUUUCAUACACUCCAGAUGCACCCUUAAAAUUAUUUAUUACAGAUUAAAACAUAUCUCAGAAAUUCUCUGAAGUCCUGACUGAUUUGAAUUGCCUGAAAAGAACCUGGGAAUAGACUCUUGUUACUUCUGACUUUUUUCAAGUUCUCUGUUCUGGCCCACAAAUGUACAGAAAUGUCCACCAUAGUUGGACAUGCCUUCUGCAGAUCUCUUUUGUAUGCCAUGUCCUAGGCUGUUUCUUCAUGUUAUAAUACACAGCAAGUAGAAUUGGAAUUGUCAUAAGGAAAGUUUGGACCAGUUAUUAGCAGAGCGUAAUAUAUUGGGGUUGGAUGGGCAUUUUUGUGUGUGUCAGGAGCGACUUGAGAAACUGCAAGUGUGAGAGAAUUGGCCAUCGGCAAGAACAUUGCCCAAGGGAUGUCUGGAUGUUUGAUGUUUUUACUAUCCUUGUGGGAGGCUUCUCUCAUGUCCCCACAUGGGGAGCUGGAGCUGACAGAGAGAACUCAUCCACGCUCUCCCUAGAUUGGAUUCAAACCAGCAACUGUCAGGUCAGCAAUCCAAAGUUCAAGUCAGCAGUCCUGCUGGCACAAGGGUUUAACCCAUUGUGCCACCGGGGGCUCUGGUGUGAGUGUAAUAUAUUGGGGAUGGAUGGGCAAUGGCAGUAACUUAUUAUUUAUUUAUUUAGUUCAGAGAUUUCUAUGCCACCUUUCUCCAGAGCGGACCCAAGGCAGCUCACAUCAUCUUUAAAAAUAUACAUACAUAGUAACAUUAAACAAUUAACUAAAAACAGAUAAUAAAAGUUCCAAGAAUGCUCCUUAGCAACUUCUAUAUUAUAAGCAAUAAAAGUUAAAAUUAGUCUAAAACUCCUCAUUCGACCGGAAAAUGCAUGGCUUCAGUCAAAAUCUGCUUCAAAAAGCAAAGUCUUCACACAUUUCCUAAAUGACAUAAGAUUGAGAGACUUCUGGCCGACCCUAUAUUCAUUGAAACUCAUCCAUAUCAGCAGGAUGCUGAUGCUCUGGCUUUAUUUUGAAUUUUAAAGGAGUUGUUCAGGUGCUGAAGUCUAUCAUGAAAUUGACAUGAGCACCUUGAACAACUGCUUUAAAAUUUAAGCUGAAAUCUAAAAUGAAUUUGUCACCCCUCUGGCAUGAAAACCACCAUACUGCCCAAACUAACCUUCGGUCCUCAAGGUAUUGUAGAUAAUGCUAUGUUAUUACUUGUCUUGAUGUAAGAGUCAAGCUUCAAGUCCAGUCAGCUUCUGUGUGUUGAAGCAGGGGGAGAAUGCAACAUAUUAUCCUGUAUCUCAGGUUGAAAAAUGUUUUGAGUCAACCCUAAUACCUAUUUCAAAGAUGACUGUAAGAGUGUAAACUGAAUAAACAAAACAAUUCUACAUAAGACAAUUUAUAUGGAUUUGGCAGUGCUCUUAAUGAAACCCAUAUAUUUACAAAAGUUUGCCUAAAUCCUAUUCCUUGUGUAAGGCAUCACAGUAGGAAAUACUAUUCAUUUUCACCAGUAUGUUUUUACUCUUGUGAAUCUUGAUUGUCCCAAACAGUCAGAUUGAUUGUGGUCAUUUCCAGUCCAUCAAAAAAAAAAAAGAAAAGAAAAGAAAAGAAAAGAAAAGAAAGGCCUCUCUCAUGCACUAAUGAGUGAUUCUUCCAAAGUUUCUACUGACAUACAGCUCUUGGAUAUCAAAUCUGGGAGUUAGAUGGAGCGAGUCACCUAAAUCCAAUGUGGAAUAAGGUAGUCAUCUCUGAAACAAUAACAGUGUUCACAUUCAACAGGUCUCUUUCUUCUUAGUUCUGGUCUUCCAGAUCUUCAUAUGCAAUAUGUUUUUCUAUAGGGUUCCAUGCAACCAUAUGGAAUGUUCUCAAAUGGAGACCUAUCCACAUCCUUCGUAUCGUACAAAUAUGAGGAUGGUUUCUGACUCAGUUUUUUUCCUGCCCCAAACUUGUCUAAUUCACAAUAAGCUCUGGAACAUAGAAUCAUAGAAUAAUAAGGUUGGAAGAGACCACAUCGGCCAUCUAGUCCAACCCCGUGCCAUGGAGGAAAAUGGUAGGCUCUAGUCACUAAUCUUCUCAGUUCAUCUAUCUCAAAUCAGUAUAGGCAUUUUAGGAAACACAUACCAAAAUGCAUUAUAGUCUACAUAAUUUCCUAUGAAUGUUUUUUUAAAAUAUUUUAUACAAUAUAGCAGGAUGAUACUUUAAUACAAAUAUGCUAAUUCUUACAAUAUAGUAAGAAUAGUAGUCUCGAGAUGCUUAAUAUUUUUUCAUUUAUCAUUCAUUAAAUAAAAUCUAACUGCUGGAAAUAUGUUUGUUUGCUGUUAUUUAAAUGACCAAUUUUUCAUAUAAAUAAUAGUGAAAGAGCAGAUCAUUACAUUUACCCGACAAUAGAGGUCUCCCUUGUUCAUCAAAAACAGAUUUCGUGAGCCUUUUUUUUCAGCUAAGCUCUAUAAUUUUGGAUUCAAUGUGUGAAUUAAUAUAGAUGGAAUCAAGGAAAUCUUAUUUCCUUGAUUCUUCAAAGUCUCAGAAGAAAUCAGAAAAUCAUGGGUAUCAGACAAAGCAUGUGGAAUACUUAGUUAUCCCACAGAACCUCAUUGCACUAUAUUGUGGCAUGCAGCUAUGAUCCUAUACAUUAAGUCUGUUCUUCACAGUUUAAAGCAGAUAUUGUGGAAAAACUCUAUGGUUCACUUUAGUAGAAAUGGAAUCUUCUAGAUCCAGUUACAUAUAUCUGACACUGUUGUAUAGCAUGAUUCUGUAAAAUAUAUUGUUCUUCUUUCAUACAUAUAUGUUGGGUGUCCAGAGAAUGUGAACCUCAGAUUAUAGCUAGCAAACAACAGCUGGCUAGCUUUGUUGUUUGCUCUUUCCCUGUCUUCUUGUACACAUACUCCUUUCUCUGCAAAUAAAUUAAGAUGGAACUUUAUUCUGUUUUUGGUAUAAAGCCAAUACUUAAAAGAAACAUCUCGUAACCUUACUUACACAGGAAAGUUCAUGCAGUUUGUGACUCAUCAAGCCAAACUCAGUUUAAAAGCAACAGUUUCUUUCAUUAGGUUGUUGUGUGUUUCGCCCACAUCUAUGGCAGUCAUCCUCAGCGGUUGUGAGAUAUACCUCACAACCUCUGAAAAUGCCUGCCAUAGAUGUGGGUGAAACGUCAGGAGAGAAUACUUCUGGAACAUAACCAUGCAGCCCAGAAAACACGGUGUCUUUCAUUGUUGCCUCCAGGAAGCUGGCAUCCAGCAUCAUUCUGCCUUUGAACACGGAGACUGAUUGAACUCUUGAUGGAUCCACAAAUUUGUUGGAUCCACAAGCUUGGCUAGUAGACUUCCGUCACUUAUUGGAUAUACACAGUGGGUUGCCUAGCUAAGCUUUGUAUAGUUAAGGACUUUACCCUUCAAAUUGCUCUUCUUUGAGCUGAAAUAAGGUUACAACAAUUAUGCAGCAUAGAAAUGAAAGUCUCAUCUAUCCUUUUCCUUCUUUUCUGAGGAGCAAAAAAGCUUUUUUGUUUUGUUUAAGUGCAUAAAACAACUAGUUUGCAUCUCAGCUGCACAGUAUUCUAAACAACCUGGAAAUCUUAAGGUUAGCCUUUUGGAAAAUAACAGCUUUGAACAACAAUCUGCCACUAACUUCAAGUGCUCACAGGAAUCACUGUAAGCAAUGGAGAAGGCCAAAAUCAGAGUUGUGAUACCUCUCAGGAAGACUGAAAUAACCUCAUUAAAUACAAUGAAACCCUCCAUACUCAAACUGGUUUGGUAUAGUUUUUUUCUAAAGCACAGGAAAAUAUACUCUAUUGUCAUUGUGAUAUGAAUCCCAGGAGAGUAGCAACAAAAGCAGCAAAGAUUUUCAUGGCACCUUAAACACUAAAGCAUUUGAUUGCAACAUGAGCUUUUGUGGACUACAGCCCAUUUAAUCAGAUUUAUGGAUCUACUACCUCAUCUGGUAGAUUAUUGUUGACAUUGUAGUAGAGAGAAGGUGAUUGUAAUUUGUGAGGUCAGAAUGAACUGAAAUGUAUUAAAUACAAACAGUAAUUGUUUUCAUUAUAUUAAUAAGCAGUAGUUGUGUAGUAACACAAGCAUCAUUGAAUGUAUGAGCUGAUUGGUACAUUUAGGGUCAAUCAGAUCAUAUAAUCCACAAUAUCUGCUUUGAACUGGUUUACCUGUGUCCACACUGCCAUAUAAUCCAGUUCAAUGUGUGGAAGGGGCCUAAGUGUGAUAAAAAGACACUGACCCAACUCAUGUCACAGGAGAUAAGAAAUCAAUCUCAUGAUAAAUUCUUAGUGAACUCUUUCUUGUUGGAAUCAUUCUUUGAAGUUCUUUCUCCUCCAUUCCAGUGUGGCAACACUGAGGGCAGAGACAGUGGUCCCUCACUCAAUUUUAUUAUUGUCUUUUUUGAUGCCAGAAUUGUGCCCAUGUAUUUAUUAAUGGUAGUUCAAGUGCUGGUUACAAGUUUGGACUUUUGCAAUGUACAAAAAUAGGCUCCCUCUAUACCAAAUUUGGAAACUCCACUUAGUUUAAAACAUGUAAACAUCAUCAUCAACAUAAAACAUGGCAGCCAAAUUGGCUAUGUGAAUAUCUAGGAAUUAACAUAUUACACAGGGCUGUAGCCAAGGGAGGGGGGGAGGUUAGGGGUUCAAACCCCCCCCCCCUGAAAUUUUUCAGGUUUUUUAAAAAAUCCUGGUUUACUAAUGAAUUUUAACUGAUUAACCAAAUCCUAUGAGUGUCCACUGAAGUUUAUUGAUUGAGCCUGAUUUCUAAAUUAUUUUGCGUAUGGAACUACAUGAUUUGCUAAAAAAAAGUUUCAACCCCCCCCCCCCUCCAUUUUUCUGGCUGUGGUCCUGAUAUUAUACCUAUAUUAAAAUUACUCUACUCAGUAUGUUUCUGGAGAAGUAUAAGGUAUUGGUUACGACCUUUAAUGCUUUCUCCUGUAUAAUCUGCUCCAUAUACUUAGGGUCCCCUGGGGAACAUUUACUUCAGCCAGAACCCAACUUUUUCAUCAGCUGCCCCUGGACUAUGGCAUGACAAGCUGGAAGAGCUGAAACAGUGAAAUGAACUGUCAGGAUUUAAAACAGAAUUAAAUAUCUAUCUCUUCCUGGCAGGGCUACCCAGUAAAUUUAAACUAUGAAUUUUAAAUUUAAAUUUUGUUAGUACUGGUGUUUUAAUUUUUGUUCUGUGCUUUUAAUAUUUGCAUUUUAUGGUGCUUUAUCUAUCUGUUUUAACUAAGUUGUGCCCCACCUCAUGUGAAGAGGUGAGUAACUGGUGGUGGUGGUGGUGAUGAUGAUGGUGAUGAUGAUGAUGAUGAUGAUGAUGAUGAUGAUGAUUUGCUUUUAUACAGCAGUAGGAAGUUACUGCUAAAUGUUUAUUGACGGCAGCAUACUACAAGAAAACUACAUAUUCUAUUCAGAAUGAUCUAAAAGUCUUCUCAUAUACAUUGAACAGUCUAGGCAUGUUUCCUCCUUAAUGGAUUGUCAUAUUGUUCUGGUGAGGGAGCUCGUGUGUUUCAGUGAACCUGCAAACGCAGCCAUUGGACUCAUAUGCUCCCAGGGGGAUCUUCCAGGACAGCAAAAUCACAGGAGAGGAACCAGAUCAAGCACAAUCUGAAGUCUUCAAUGGCGGAGCAGGCGGAUGAUAACAUUGUACAUGUGAUAAUAGCCAUGAAGGUGAAAGAAAGCCGCAACAUAUGAGAGGCCACCAGUCGUCGUGUUAACCACGCCACUGGAUCUGAACCUCUUUCUGUGAAGACUGUGUGUUGAUUGGGUGUGCACCAAUCUCCACGCAUAAACUGAAUUCACGCACAGAAGUCUUCCAUGAAAAAGAAAAGAAAAACAACAAAAGUCCCAUGGUGAUUGGUGAGUGGCAAUGGGGGCAGGACUGUGAAAUCUGGACGUCCCUAACCACAGACUGGCACAUGGGCAGUGGAUGAGAAUUCAGUUGUUCUACCUCAAGAUCCAAGGCAAUUGAACAGUCUGGUAGCUGUAUCCAUGACUGAGCAACCCUAUUUAGGAUCCACUCUGCUCACCCCAUACAAGGAGGGGGCUAGCAAAAGUGCCCUAAACAUACUCUGCCUCUCUUAUGCCUGACUGAACUGCCACAUCCAGAGGGGAAAAAACCUUGUGGUCAAAAAAGACAAAUGGAUUUUGGAACGUUGAACAUACAAACACUGUUGGACAGCACAGACAAUGAACACCCUGAACACAGAACUGCUUUUGUUGCAAAGGAGCUGAGGGACUAACAUUGAUAUUGCUGUGCUCCAAGAGACCCAGAGAGCAGGAGAGGGACUGCUGAAGGAAGAAAAAGGAGGCUACACCUUUUUCUGGAAGGGAUUGCCUGAACAAAAAUGAAAAAUACAUGGAGUCGGCCUUGCUGUCAGAAAUGACUUGGUGAAACAUCUGUCUAAAGCACCUAUCGGCAUUAACGAAUGACUCUCAACACUCCAAAUUAAUCUUGCCAAAAACAAGCAGACAACUAGCAUAUGUGCCUAUGCACCAACACUAGACACCAACAAAGAAAGACAUCAAGGAAUUUUUUUUACUGUCAGCUGAACACAAUCCUAUCAGGAUACCUAAGGAGGAUUAAAUCAUCAUGAGUGCCUAUGCACCAACACUAGAGGAUGAAAUCCUCCUCCUGGGUGAUUUUAAUGCCAGAGCUGGAUGAAAUUUUGACCUGUGGCCAGGGACUAUAGGGAAGGACAGGGAUGGAAACAGCUACUCAAAUGGCAUCCUACUUCUCAGCAGAUGUGUGGAACACAACCUUGUCCUCACCAACACACUCCUCUGCCAGAAAAACAAGUUUUAAACAUCAUGGAACCCCUGAUCGAAGCAUUGGCAACUCUUAGCAUUCUAACUGGAGGUCAGAUGUUGCCAACAGUGCCGUGGAAUUCAAAGAGGCAGAAAUGGAGGGAGAAAUGUGUCAAGAGAAGAUGCAUCAAGCCAACCCUUGUUGGGGCCCGAAAUAGAUAUGCUCACUGCAAAAGAGCACAAUAGUAACUACAAUUUUAAAAUAUCAUCUCGUGAGAGGAGGUUGGAUCUAGUUUCACAAGACCAUUCUAGUUCUUAAAGUAACAGUACCCAUAAUAUUUUACAAAAGGGCUAUCCUCCAUCUGUCCACUGAAGUAAAGAGAAAUGCAUUCCUAGCUUUCCUCCAAAUGGUUGACAUAGGAACAAUUUCCUAGUUUUAAAAAAAGUCCCAUAAGUGCACUUUGACUAUAGUCGUAUUCAUAGUUAUCUCAGAAUAAGUCCCAUUGAACACAGUGGUUCUGACAUUGAAGUAAACAUAUGAGUCCAUAGGUUGUCUUUAGAUGGACCUGAGAAAAAUUAAUGAUCCCCUGUCAAUGGCCAGAGCCAGAGUUCAAUUCAUCUCAACCAUGGAAACCUAUUGGAUGAUCUUGUGCAAGUCACACUUUCUCAGCCUCAGAAGGUGGCAAAGGCAAACCCCACCUGAACGACUCUUGCCAGGAAAACUCUGUCAUAAGUCAGGAACAACUUCAAGGAGUACAGGAACAAAGGCAAUAGCAAGACUCUUGUUAGGACAUAUCUGCAUUUUCCAUAUUCUCAGAUCCUGUUCUGACCAGGAGGAAGAGACCCUUGUGCGUCACUCAAAAUCUACUCUAUUUCAUUGCAUAAUAGUCACUAUCGCAUAAUAGCCACACUCCAAUUUUUGGGAUAAAGUGGGUUAUAAAUAAAUAAACAAUCUCAUUUUUGAUAUUUAUGUAUUCCUUGCAUAAUAGUUGCUUUGGAGCAUCCCCCAUAACUUGGAGCUGUAGGCGUAUGGGUGGGUGAAGGCGUGAGAACUGGAGGCUUCCCUCAGCUGCUGCCACUGAGAGAGGCCUCCUAGUUCUCCCCACCAGGCAUGCACAGGUGAGUGAGGCCUAUGGGGUCUCUUUUGGCUAUUAGCAACUGAAAAAGACUCGGUAGGCCUUGCUUGCCCAUGCACGCAAGUGGUCGAGAGCUACUGCGUCUCCUUCUGUUGCCAGCAGCCAAGGGAGACUCAAUUUCUCAUGCUGGCAGGUAAACCUUCAUCCACCCACAUGCCUGCCAGUGAGAGCUAGGAGGCUUAUAGGAGCUAAAUCCCACAUCUGUGGGAAGGAAGUGCUAGGAAGUCCUGGCUCUAAAUCAUAUAUGUGCCUUCAAGUCACCUGUUGACUUACAGUGACCCCACAAAUGUCAUAGGGUUUUCUUAGGUAAGGAAUACUCAGAGGUAGUUUUGUAGUUUCUUCCUCUGAAAUAUAAUCCACAGCACCUGAUAUGUACCAGCAAUGAAUUAAUUAGUUAUCAUAUGAAGUUAUUUCAGUCCUCUAAAGCUGCAGUCACAUGCACACUUUGAAGCAGGAAGAAGGCAUUGUGAAAGAGAUUGACAUCAGUCACCAUGUAAAGGAAGGUUUUGAAAAAGCAGAUCCAUCACAGUUUGAGCUGCUGAAAGUUCUGGGGCAAGGCUCUUAUGGGAAGGUCUUUCUAGUGAGGAAGAUUAAAGGAUCUGAUGCUGGGCAGCUCUAUGCAAUGAAGGUACUCAAGAAGGCAACUCUAAAAGUCCGAGAUCGUGUACGAUCAAAAAUGGAAAGAGACAUUUUGGCAGAAGUAAAUCACCCUUUCAUUGUAAAACUCCAUUAUGCAUUUCAAACAGAAGGGAAACUGUAUCUUAUACUAGAUUUCUUACGAGGAGGAGAUCUUUUCACCCGACUUUCCAAAGAGGUAAUGUUUACAGAAGAAGAUGUUAAGUUCUACUUAGCCGAGCUGGCCUUGGCUUUAGAUCAUCUCCAUGGUCUUGGUAUUAUUUACAGAGAUUUGAAACCAGAAAACAUCCUUCUAGAUGAAGAAGGACACAUUAAGAUUACAGAUUUUGGCCUCAGCAAGGAAGCCAUUGACCAUGAUAAGAGAGCAUAUUCGUUCUGUGGGACGAUAGAGUACAUGGCCCCAGAGGUGGUCAACCGACGAGGACACACACAAAGUGCAGACUGGUGGUCAUUUGGUGUCCUCAUGUUUGAAAUGUUGACGGGGUCAUUACCAUUCCAAGGAAAAGACAGAAAGGAGACAAUGGCUCUUAUUCUAAAAGCCAAGUUAGGAAUGCCACAGUUUCUGAGCACAGAAGCUCAGAGUUUGCUGCGAGCUCUUUUUAAGAGGAAUCCAUCAAACAGAUUAGGUGCUGGCCUUGAUGGAGUUGAAGAGAUUAAACGGCAUCCUUUUUUUUCUACCAUAGAUUGGAAUAAGCUGUACAGGAAAGAAAUCAAGCCUCCCUUUAAACCUGCAGUAGGACGUCCAGAGGACACCUUUCAUUUUGAUCCUGAAUUCACCUCACGGACACCAACAGAUUCCCCUGGUGUCCCUCCCAGUGCCAAUGCUCACAAUCUCUUCAGAGGAUUUAGCUUUGUUGCAUCCAGCUUGGUGCAGGAACCUGCACAGCAAGAGCUGCACAAGGUGAUAGUAAAUCCAAUUGUCCAGCAGUUACAUGGGAACAAUAUUCACUUUACAGAUGGAUAUGAAAUCAAAGAAGACAUUGGCAUUGGGUCAUAUUCUGUAUGCAAGAGGUGUGUACAUAAAGCUACAGAAACAGAGUUUGCAGUGAAGGUAAUUGAUAAGAGCAAACGAGACCCCUCUGAAGAAAUUGAGAUUCUUCUAAGAUAUGGACAGCACCCAAACAUCAUAACUCUCAAAGAUGUUUAUGAUGAUGGAAAAUAUGUAUAUCUUGUGAUGGAACUAAUGAGAGGAGGAGAACUCUUAGACCGAAUUCUUCGCCAGAAGUGCUUCUCAGAACGAGAGGCUAGUGAUGUCCUUUGCACCAUUACCAAGACUGUAGACUAUUUACAUUCCCAGGGAGUUGUUCACCGAGAUCUGAAGCCUAGUAAUAUCCUGUACAUGGAUGAAUCUGGUAACCCAGACUCCAUCAGAAUUUGUGAUUUUGGAUUUGCCAAACAACUGAGAGCUGAGAAUGGCUUACUAAUGACACCAUGUUACACAGCCAAUUUUGUAGCACCUGAGGUCUUAAAACGCCAAGGUUAUGAUGCAGCCUGUGAUAUCUGGAGCUUAGGAAUUCUCUUGUACACAAUGUUAGCAGGGUUCACUCCUUUUGCAAAUGGACCAGAUGAUAUGCCUGAGGAGAUUCUGGCUAGAAUUGGCAGUGGAAAAUAUGCACUCACUGGAGGCAACUGGGAUUCAAUAUCUGAUGCUGCUAAAGACAUUGUGUCAAAGAUGCUUCAUGUAGAUCCCCAUCAGCGCUUAACAGCAACCCAGGUUCUAAGGCACCCAUGGAUAAUAAACAGGGAAUAUCUGUCCCAAAAUCAGCUCAUCAGACAGGAUGUACACUUGGUAAAGGGUGCAAUGGCAGCCACCUACUUUGCUUUAAACCGAACACCUCAGGCACCAAGACUGGAACCUGUAUUGUCCUCCAAUCUUGCCCAGCGUCGGGGGAUGAAAAGACUGACCUCAACGAGGUUGUAGUAUCCCAAAAAUGCCUAGCAGAAAAAAGGAGAAGACACACCAUAUGUCGAUCAGGAAGACAUUGCUAAUUUUGCAGGACUCUGGACUAUUGGCAAAUACAUUGCAAAAAUUAGCAGAACUUCAGUAUAAGGCAAAGUUAUUCUUUGCUUUUAAAUUCCUCUUUUUUUUUUUACAUUACCAAGAUCCUAAGUUAGCAAUUACUCAAAAAUGUGCCAAUUUUCAAUUGCUGUAUUGCUUCUUAUUUAAGUAUAAAUGGCUGAAAUCCUGUUUUGUCCCCUCCUCCUUUUCUCAAAAUGCUAUUUUUGGAAUCUUUUAGACGCUCUGUAAGACCACUUUUUUGUAAACAUUUUUUCAAUAGGGAAUCAAGUAGUUUUGAUUUUAGAAGUUAAUACUACCAGCAUAUGUGUCAUGGUGAAUUGUCACAACUAGCAGAUGAUCCAGCUACCCAUCUUCAGGUGCAAUGAGGUUCAUUUCCAGAGGUCUGAAUGAGAAGUGAUUUGUAACACUAUUAAUGCAAUAGCAUCCUAAGAGGAAUGCUUAAUAUGAAGGGAACACUUAGGGUAUUUGUUCUACUUUUUCAAAAAGUUAUUUUUAUGUGUUAGGUUCGUGUAGAAAUAAAUGCAUGGAGGUAAAACUGGGGCAGUAUCUGCUGACCCAUGUAGUCAACAUCUACAAGGCCCCUCAUGUAAAUAUCAAAAAUGCACAAUCUAUAUUACCCCAGAUAAACUGUGGGUACAUAUCGCACAUUUGGGAACCUGCGAUAAUUCAGGUAUUCAUGCAAAUAUAACUUAGUGUGUGCAGUUUGAGGAUAGGCAGAGCUGAUAAGACCUUCCCUUCACAACCUCUGAGGAUUCCUGCCAUAGAUGUGGGCAAAACGUUAGUAGAGAAUACUUCUGGAAUGUGGUCAUACAGCCUGGAAAAUACUCAAUAACCCUGUAAUUCCGGCCAUGAAAGCUUUUGACAACACUCUUUGCAUUCAUAUUCAUGUACAAAUACAAGGCAGUGAGCCCUAAGGGCAAUAUAUUAUGCUACAAACUUCAAUUUUAAAAUAACCAUAAUGCCAGACUAAUGUCUAUGGAAGAAAUCAUCUAGUCUAUGGGUUCUUCCAGAUGAGACGUUUGCAUUGCCUGUUGAUGGAACUAUACAUUAGAUGGUGUUUUCAAUUUGAGCUCCCACUACUUUUCCCCAUCACUUCUUCCACCCUUUUUCUUACCCAAGCCCUUUCAAGGGGGAAAAAACAAUCAGAUAGAGCAGAUGCGUAAUAUACCUUUUGGGUACUAGAGGUGGGAGCCCUCCAUCUGGAAGCACUCUCUGAUCAGUAGUAGAAAAGAAGCUGUCAAUGGUGAAAUUUAAAUCUACAGUGUUUCAGUGUCGAAAAAAAAUAAGUUCCACUGUUACGUUAUGUUGGAGGAACAAUCUAGUCUUAUAUAUGUCUAACCAAAAGUUAAGUAUCAUUGAAUUCAAUGGGAUUUAUUCUCUUCUGUAUGGCUGUCUGUAUAUGAUUUCAGUCUAAAAAACUUUUAUUACUGUCUUGACUGUCAUCAAGCACCAAUCAGGAUGACAAAAAUAGGUCUAAUCAGAAGUACUAUGGAAUUCAACAGCAUUUACUCCCACCUGGGUUUGUAUGUAUAGAACUGCAGUCCAAAUGUCAUUAUUUUCUUGGCCUUUGUCGAGCACAAUCUGGGUGACAAAAAUAAGUAUAUUUCCAUCCAUUAGCACUUAGAUUGCUUCAAUAAUCCUCAACCUUCAAGUUAAGAUUGAUAGCAACCUUAUCACAGAGUUCUCUAGGAAAAAUAUUCAGAGGGUUUGCCUUUGCCUUCCUCUGAGGCUAAGAAAGUGUGACUUGCCCAAGGUCACCCUAUUCUGUGGCUUAAUAUGAAUUUGAGCUCUAGUCUCACAGAUCAUUGUUCACUGCUCAAACCACUACCCCACAUUGGCUUUAAAUGUCUGUUAAUUUGGCUAUGUUCUGCCAUAAUUAGUGUGAUGUAUUAUCAAAUUAGUGAGUAGUGUAUUGCAAUUGAAGCCCUUUGAAAUCAGUGAAUUUAGGAGCAUUCAUUUCAGAAUUGUAUUAUCAUGGUUAUCGGGACCAUAGCCAGAAAAAAAAAUUGGGGGGGGGGGGGGUUGAAACUUUUUUUAAUGAAUCAUGAAGAGUAGUUCCAUAAUGCAAAAUAAUUUAGAAAUCAGGCUCCUUUGAUAAACUUCAGUGGACAUUCAUGGAGAUUUGGUUAACCAGUUAAAAUUCAUGAGUAAACCAUUAAAAAAAACAGACAGGGGGUUGAACCCCUAACCCGCCCCCCCUUGGCUACCUAACAGUUAUAUUCCUUUUCUCAAUAGAUAUUGCCAAUUCCCAGAGUUAUGGAGAAGAAAUGAGUUUGCUGCAUUCUCUUUCACUGCUUAUGGGGUGGGUAAGGAGUGAAAAUAGAAUAUUGCAUCCUACAGAUUAUAGCUAUUUAGCUGAUCCUAAAUACCGUUUGGGAGAUCCAUAUUAACUGAGCCUGCAUAUGCAAGGAAGAAGGUUCCAUUGGAUACUGUAAUUACACCACUGGGGUUUGUUUUGUGUUCAACAAGCUAUGAUGUAAUGUAUUUUAUUUUAUAUUUAAUUUUAAAUGUAUAUUUAAUACUUCAUUUUAUGUGCUGUGCACAUAGUGUUAUGAGCAUCUGCUCUUCACAUUUGAGUUUUUUUUAAUAACAAUGCUGUGAAACUCCAUAAAAUGAAUGAAUUUGUUCAAGUACAGCAGGAUAUAAUGUUGAUAUUAGAAAUCUUUAAAAUAUUGACCUGUUUUUAUGUUGGGUAUCUAAAGGCAGCAAGAUCUCUACCUUCUUUGGUUGAAUAGGAUAGAAUACACCAGUGCAACCAAUAUCUUCAUGUGCCCUGGCUAAACUCUACAAAAUGUAUGGCCUUUUUUCAUUGUUUACCCAUUUUCCUACACUUGCUAACAUUAUAGGUCCACUUUACUAAAAGCUAUUACUCAGGUCAUUCCAUUAAUAUUUCAGAAAAUGUCACAUUAUACUGACAGUCAAAUUUCUAAUACAAAUGACAGCUGAAAUACAAUGAGAAAGGAUGGAAAUAAUUGAAAUAACGUGCCUUUCAUUCACAGAAUUAUGUGUACAUUAUUCCAACAGGGCAUGUUAUAUGCCAUAAAUUAAAUUUAUAAUUAAAUCCAAGCUUAGUCCAGUUUCAUGUAAAUAAGAAUUGUUAUUUCAAACACAAUUUGGUCAUUUCCCACCUGUAUUAUGUGUGAUACCUAGGUUGCUAGAGAACAGCUAUCACUAGGUGGCAGAGCAGAAGAUUGGCACCCCUACAGAGGGGCUGCCAGUCAAGAUAGUCAGUGAUGAGUUAAAUGAACUAGCAACCUUAGUAUAAAAUUGCUUCCUAUGUUUUCAUUGCCAUUAUUAUCCCACUACAUAACAUAUGUAAAAUUAAUAUUUCAUAAAUCUGCUGUUUAGUUACACAACCCCAUGGACAUCUGUUCCAUUAUCUGGGCAGACUCCAAAAAAGGGCCUACACGUAGUCCACUUUAUAGGAGGGGAGUUGAAGGCGGAAAACCAUUUUCCCCAUUUUCGCUGGUUAUUCCCCCUCCCCCUUCCCCAUUUAAUAAACAAUUGUUGUUUUGAUGACAGGGACAUGGGUGGGGUGGGGGAAAAUAACAAGAAAACAGAGGAGAAUGGUUUAACUCCUUCAACCCCCUUCUCCCUUCUGUCUAAUGCCACCUUGUGGCCUCUGCCUGGAUAAUGGAGCAGUACCUAUAAAUCUAAAUUACUUUUCAAUUGUAUUUUAUUUUUUAUAUUUAAAUUAAAUGACAUUAUUAGUAAAUAAAAUCCCUUGCUCAUACUUAUUAUUAAAACAGUAUGUGUAUUUAAAUAAAUCAUAAAUGUACUUAAAUUGACUUUAGUUAACAUGACACAGAUAUUUGUACACAUGCCCACAAUUGAAAACUUACUCUUCUAAUUGACUAUAGUUCAUUUAGCAGUUUGCUGCUGAAGUUUAGUGGCAAUCCACAAUGUCAUGUCAAUUUAAAAAUAAAAUUGUAGAAGUAUUAAAAAGGGCUUGUAGAUAUCCUCCCCAUCCCAUACUGAUAUGUAGAGAAAGUACUGUGUAUAAAAAGGACUAUCCUAAUCUGCAUUAUGUAUUUGAGUUCUUAAAAUGGAAAGUCAAACUUAUCAGUGAGUGUUUAACUUCCAAGUUUUUGUGUCAGGUUCUCCAAAACUGGAGUUUCUUUUCUGUUUGGUGAUUAUACAGGUUCUAGGUAUACAGGUUCUAGGUCUUCAUUCUCAUUCUGUUGGGAUCACUAUCUAAGGUCAACCUCACUAAUUUCAAAAGAACAGGAUACCCCCUUGUAUUUUAAGAUUCAGACAGGUAUGUUUGUGUUAAAACUGAAAUGACUAAUCUCCUUGUGCUACAGUGAUACUCAUGCCGAAUACAUAUUGUUACAAAACGCACAUUUAGCAUACAUGUCUUGGCAUUUAUCUCUGUAUGCUGGUGACAUGAGGGCUUCCAGAUGAAUGAUUCCUGAUGUUAUCAGUCAAAACUCAUUUGGCCUUGGAGAUGUAACUUCAAAUGAUAACUCCGGUGAUUUCUAGGAAUUAUUGUCCAUGCUUUGGGUGCAGAACUGCAGCAUUAUUGUUUGUCAUUCACAGAUUGCUAGGACUCUGGUAAAUCUGGCUCUUCUAUCAGGCUUCAGUUGGGAGAUGUUGGGGAUGAAAAAUGACGGAGAUAGAGACCAGGGCUGUGUACAUGAGAUAGCAUGCCUUGAGCCCUUCUUAACUAGUCUUUUAUUCUCUUAUGCAUCAUAUAAUGCAGUCCCAUCACCAGUGGUAAAGAAAAAUCCAACUGAUAGUUAAAUCAACCUUUAUAGGCAGGAUACAUGUGAUGGUGUAGUCUUAUGCUUCCCUUUGGGCAGCAAAAAUGCCCCAGGUUGUGUCUUUUUCUGUUCAUCUGGCAUAAUAAAAUUAAUAGUUCCAUUUCAAUUUAAUCCUCCUUCACACAAAAGGCAUUGCAUCCCCAAUUCUUCAGAGAAAAUAGUGAUAGUCUAACACAACCCCGGUGGCGAAGUGCGUUAAAGCAUUGAGCUGGAGACCGAAAGGUCCCAGGUUCAAACCCCGGGAGCAGUGGGAGCGGCCACUGUUAGCUCCAGCUCCUGCCAACCUAGCAGUUUGAAAACAUGCCAGUGUGAGUAGAUCAAUAGGUACCGCUUCGGCGGGAAGGUAACGGCACUCCGGCGCUCCAUGCAGUCAUGCCAGCCACAUGACCUUGGAGGUGUCUACGGACAACGCCGGCUCUUCGGCUUAGAAAUGGAGAUUAGCACCAACCCCCAGAGUCAGACAUGACUAGACUUAACAUCAGGGGAAACCUUUACCUUUACUAACACAGCCCAAAUUCAUGGGAUCGUUGCCAUAGUGCAUCCCUUCUCUUCCUCCUGAGAAAUAAUGUUGGUAGGAUUGGAUUUCGUCCACGCUAGCAAAUAUUCUCAGUAUUUAUUUCUCCAUUAGCUGGAAAUAUUAGUGGAUGAACUUAAUUCAUGUAUACCUUAUCCUUAUUUUUUUUCUUAACAGUUUGACUCAUUCAAUUAGUUUGGGUAUUUGUACUACUCAGUAGUUGCAAAAGCCGAGACAAACAUCUGCCCCUUUAGUAAGGAUAAUUUAGUGAGGAUAAUUAAUGAGGAUAAUUGCCAUCUCAAGAUGUCCUCUUUACCUUAUUCUGAAUGAAAUGAUGGGGGAAAUAAAUGUUUUUCCUCUAGGCACAGACUUACAUCUUUCAUUCAUAUUUAGUUGUAUAAAUUGCUACCUGAGCUACUGGAGAAUGUACUGUUUUGUAGAUUCUAGAAAAAUUGUAUUUACACAAUUUAUAAUGGCCUGUGGGAUGCCUUAAAGAUUAAAACCAUCAAAUGGGUUAAAAAUCUGAUUUGCAGGUACAAUUGAACAUUCCUUGGAUUGUAAGGUUUGUGUUAUGGUUUCAGAAGCAUUAGUAUUUCUAGACUGUGGUGCAGUGUUUUGUUUUUAAAGUUCCACAUCCAUGUUUGUGAAUGGUUUUGUCUGAAAUGUCUAUGCUUCCAGGUUUCAAAUCUGAAAGGGGCUACUGUUGUAUAUUAUAUAUGUACCAGAGAUUUUUUAAGAAGUAAAGUUGGUUUUAUGAAGUGUUAUAUUUUUAUAGCACAACAAUCAUUUGGGACUUUGUUAGACACAAUUGUCUCUAGGGAAGCUUCUUGAUCCUAUUUUCUGUGCACUGUGUCUACUAUUGCUGCUACAGCUGCUGGCUUCAGCUGCUGGGUGAAUGGUGUUGUGAAAUGUUCUAAAUUGAUCUUCAGAGCUCUGUAUGUCUAUGUGAAAGGGUGAUGCCAGGAAAAAAAGUGUACACGGCUCCAUAGAGCAAGGGUUUACUGUGACAGGCUCCUGGGAAGGAACCUCAGUAUUGGCCUUCAUCUGUACAUCUUUAUUUAUAAAGAAAUAAAAAAGACUUAUCAAAUCUU